AUGUUUGGGAGAGCACCAAAGAAAAGCGACAAUACCAAGUACUAUGAGAUUCUUGGAGUCUCAAAGAGUGCUUCACAAGAUGAUCUAAAGAAGGCUUAUAGGAAAGCAGCCAUCAAGAACCAUCCUGAUAAGGGUGGUGAUCCCGAGAAGUUUAAGGAGUUGGCCCAAGCAUAUGAGGUUCUGAGUGACCCAGAGAAGCGUGAGAUAUAUGAUCAAUACGGAGAGGAUGCCCUAAAAGAAGGAAUGGGUGGUGGUGGUGGUGGCCAUGAUCCAUUUGAUAUCUUCCAAUCCUUCUUUGGUGGUGGCAAUCCUUUUGGUGGUGGUGGUAGCAGUAGAGGGCGGAGGCAGAGGAGGGGUGAGGAUGUGAUCCACCCUCUUAAAGUUUCUUUGGAAGAUAUCUAUAAUGGCACGUCCAAGAAGCUCUCUCUUUCACGCAAUGUGAUCUGCUCCAAGUGCAAAGGUAAAGGGUCCAAGUCCGGUGCAUCAUCUAAGUGUACUGGUUGCCAAGGUUCUGGAAUGAAGGUCUCCAUAAGACAUCUUGGUCCUUCUAUGAUCCAGCAAAUGCAGCAUCCUUGCAAUGAUUGCAAGGGUACUGGUGAGACAAUCAACGACAAGGACCGUUGCCCCCAAUGCAAGGGUGAGAAGGUGGUCCAAGAGAAGAAAGUUCUGGAAGUAGUUGUUGAGAAGGGCAUGCAAAAUGCGCAGAGGAUAACAUUCCCUGGAGAAGCUGAUGAAGCUCCUGACACUGUUACAGGGGAUAUCGUUUUUGUCCUACAGCAGAAGGAACACCCUAAGUUUAAGAGAAAGGGUGAUGACCUAUUUGUUGAACACACCCUCUCUCUUACAGAGGCACUCUGUGGCUUCCAGUUCAUUUUGACUCAUUUGGAUGGAAGGCAGCUCUUGAUAAAAUCCCAACCUGGGGAAGUAGUCAAGCCUGAUCAAUUCAAGGCUAUAAACGAUGAAGGAAUGCCAUUGUACCAAAGGCCGUUCAUGAGGGGUAAACUGUACAUUCAUUUCACUGUUGAUUUCCCAGACUCCCUGUCUCCUGAUCAGUGUAAAGCCUUGGAGGCUGUGCUCCCUCCACGAUCCUCCAUCCAGCUGACAGAUAUGGAACUCGACGAAUGUGAGGAAACUACUUUACAUGAUGUGAACAUUGAGGAGGAGAUGAGGAGGAAGCAACAACAACAGGCUCAAGAAGCAUAUGAUGAAGAUGAUGAUAUGCCUGGUGGUGCCCAGAGGAUUCUCACAGCAGGCUUCAUUCGAAGCCAAUCGGAUCGUCUUUCUCUGUCAGAAAAACAAUGUGGAGAAACCACGCCUGUCUAUGAAAGUGACAGAAACGUUGACGAUUAG